GAAAAUGUGAUAGAUAAACAUCAAACGAGAAAACGACAUGUGGCAGUCUCACUAUACCGUAAAGCAGGUGAUUAAACACUCUCGUCCGUCUUGCGAGAGAGUGAAGCAUCAAUGGUCUUCCUUUAUAAACCCUAAAUUCCACCAUUAGGGUUAGUGAAUCUGUGGACCUUUAGAGAGCGAUGGCGACCACAGGGAGCGCAUCGGCUGCGACGGGAACGACGACGGCGAAGAGAAAACCAGUGUUUGUGAAAGUGGAACAGCUAAAGCCUGGAACGACUGGUCACACUUUGACUGUUAAGGUCGUUGACGCCAAUCCGGUGGUUCCGGUUACCCGGAAGACUCGUCCGGGUGCUUCUAUGGGUCGUCCGUCUCAGCCCAGUCGAAUCGCUGAGUGUCUUAUUGGAGAUGAAACCGGAUGUAUUCUCUUCACUGCUCGUAACGACCAAGUUGAUCUUAUGAAACCAGGGGAGACGGUGAUACUGCGCAAUUCGAGGAUAGACAUGUACAAGGGUACAAUGAGGCUAGGGGUUGAUAAAUGGGGACGCAUCGAAGCAACGGAGCCAGCGUCUUUCACAGUCAAAGAGGAUAACAAUCUGUCUCUGGUUGAAUACGAGCUGAUUAACGUUAACGAUCGGUGAUCUUUUUAGUGUGGACUGGUGAAUGUCUUUGAUUUAGAUGAUGAAGAUUUGUGAGUGGUUCUUGUAGGAUUUCCUUUUACCCUAAAACAUGAGACAUGAGUAUUAAUGCAAUUGCUCCUUUUAAUCUUA